UAAUACAAAAUAGAAAACUGUCUUUCUUAAGGUCAAAGUCAUCAUAGCAUUGACUUGGACUUUGAAGUUUUCCUUCAUACUUUACCAUUUUAAAUUAAUAAUAUUCAUAUCAUAUAGCAUUGUCUUGGACCUGGUAAUUUGAGUUCUAUUUACCAUCACCGUUGCCCCUUGGUCAUUUGCUUUUUUUUUUUUACAUCAAAAAAAAGUGUGAAAUGAUUUGCAAUCAGAGUUCUUCCUUCAUAAUAGCAAUAUCAUUGCUAAUAUCUUUGCUUGGUAAUGGCCUUCCAUCCAUUGGAUGUCCUUUCAAUCUAUCUUGUACACAUGAUAACAAGAUUCUUGAACUACCUGCUUAUCCAGUCCCAAUAAAACUCCUCAUAAGGGUCAUUAACUACACAUCGCAGGUAUUGGAAGCACGCGAUCCCGAACACUGUUUUCCACGACUCUUACUUCAGCCCAAUUUCUCUUCAUCAAUUUUUCCUUUUCGGAUUAUUGAUGGUUCUAGGUUUCCUGUGCUAUACAAUGAGUUUACCCAUAUUAGUUUCUUUGAUUGUUCUUCGCUAGGGCAGCGUUAUCUUAGAAGGGUCCAUUCGCAGCAGGAUAUGAUUUCUUGUCCAAUUUAUAUUGCAGGAUUUUACGAUGAUGUCGUUGAAUUGAACCUUGUAUCCUGCACCAAAUUGUCUCAACGAGUUUCUCCCCUUAUUCUUUCGGAUGAAUCUGUAUAUGGGAUACAACAAAACUCAAUCUUAUUAUCAUGGUCGGGAACAACAAUUGACAAAGGAUGCUUAGAAUGUAAGCACAAAUCAAAAAAGAAGAUUAUUUUAUCCUCUGCAGGUGUAAUCAUUGGCUCAACUCUGCUUGUUCUUCUAUUUGGUUCCAUUUUUCAAAUAUAUAGAUAUGUUAAAAUGAAAGGCGAAGAUCAUACAAGAAUUGAAAACUUUUUGAAGGAUUACAGGGCUUUAAAGCCAACUAGGUUCUCUUAUGCAGACUUGAAGAGAAUUACAAAUAAAUUUAAAGAUAAGAUAGGGGAAGGGGCUCAUGGAGCUGUUUAUAAAGGUAAAUUAUCGAACCAAAUUCUAGUAGCCGUGAAGAUUCUUAAUAAUGCAGAGGGAGAUGGGAAGGAAUUCAUAAAUGAAGUGGGAACCAUGGGCAAAAUCCACCAUCUCAAUGUCGUUCGUUUGCUCGGCUUUUGCGCAGAUGGUUUUCAUCGUGCUUUAGUUUAUGACUUUUUUCCAAAUGGUUCGUUACAAAAAUUCAUAUCUCACCCGAACAACAAAGAUGAUUUCCUUGGAUGGGAUAAAUUGCAACAAAUUGCUCUAGGCAUAGCUAAUGGCAUUGAGUAUCUCCACCAAGGUUGUGAUCAAAGAAUUUUACACUUUGACAUCAAUCCUCAUAAUAUCUUGCUAGAUGACAAUUUCACUCCCAAAAUCACAGAUUUUGGUUUGGCUAAGAUGUGUUCGAAAAAUCAAAGUAAUGUAUCCAUGACUGCAGCUAAGGGAACAUUAGGCUACAUGGCACCUGAAGUUUUUUCUAGAAAUUUUGGAAAUGUCUCUUAUAAGUCCGAUAUAUACAGUUACGGUAUGUUAUUGUUGGAGAUGGUUGGAGGAAGAAAGAAUACAAAAACAACAAGUGGUGAUGAAAACAUACAAGUUGAGUAUCCAGACUGGAUCCACAAUUUGUUUGAAGGAGAUAUACAAAUCCCUAUUGAUGAAGAGGGAGAUUUUAGAAUUCCAAAAAAAUUGGCAACCGUCGGUCUGUGGUGUAUCCAAUGGCACCCUUUACAUCGACCAACAAUGAAAUCUGUGAUAAAAAUGCUUCAAGCAGAGGCGGACAAGUUAAAAGUACCAACAAAUCCUUUCGGACCAACAACUAAAACUAAGACAAAUUCCAAUAUUGUUGCAGAACGUAUAAAUUUGGAACUGGAGGUGAUUGAAGAAAUAGAAUAGAUAUAUAUUAGUUAUACAUAUUUAUUGAAUAAUUGCUCAUUGUCAACGACUUUGUUACUUUUUAAUUAGGAGUUGUAUUUGUGAAUAAUAUCAUCUUUAAGCAAGUAACAGCCAAUUUAUUUCUUUAAA